AGUAAUUCUAGGUACGAGUAUUCCUUAACGGAAGCUUCUUGCCAUCUUUAAAUUCACAUAUGUUGGAUUCAAUUAUAAGGCCAGUAACUUUGAAAAAUAGCAAAGAUACAUCAAGAAGCCAGAGACACAGAGAAGAAUAUGAUUUUAUAAUCGUUGGUGGUGGAUCAGCUGGUUGUGUACUUGCAAAUAGAUUAUCAGAAGUACAAGAAUGGAGAAUACUUUUACUUGAAGCUGGUACUGAAGAGCCUGAUAUUACUAUGGUACCAAGUCUACCAAUACUACUCCAACGAUCCAGUAUAGAUUGGAACUACAAAACUCAACCAGAAGCGAUGACAUGUAAGGGCACAUUAGGACAUACAUGUGAUUGGCCGAGAGGUAAAACAAUGGGUGGAAGUAGCGCCAUUAACUAUAUGGUAUAUAUGAGGGGAAAUCGCCUCGACUAUGAUGGAUGGGCAGAAAUGGGCAAUCCAGGUUGGAGUUAUAAUGAGGUUCUUCCUUAUUUUAUAAAAUCUGAAAAUAAUCGAAAUAUAGAAGGAAAUGAUACUGUGUAUCAUGGAGUUGGUGGACCUCUUAAUGUAGAAAGAUUCCCUUAUACAGACAUCAAUACACUUAUGCUAAUAGAAGCUUUUCAAGAAAGAGGACUACCGUUAAAAGAUUUGACACUACCAGAUAACUUAGGAGUUAAUUUAGUUCAAUCUACUUCUUUAAAUGGUCGUCGAUUUUCAGCAAACACCGCGUUCAUAAGACCAGUACGAAACGUACGAUCUAAUCUUGACAUUAUUGUAAAUGCCCUUGUCACAAAAGUAAUUAUAGAUCCAAAAACAAAUAUGGCUCUAGGUGUAACCUAUUUAAAAAACGGUGAUUAUUUAAACGUAUAUGCUAGAAGAGAAGUAAUAGUUAGUGGAGGAGCCUUAAACUCUCCAAAAAUACUUAUGCUUUCUGGUGUAGGGCCUAAACAACACUUGCAAAGCCUAAAUAUACCAGUAUUAGCUGAUCUGAAAGUCGGUCAAAAUUUACAAGAGCAUAUAACUUCGAAUGGUAUUUCAAUAGCUUUCUCUAAUAAAACUUCAACAGCAAUUAAUGCUUCUCAAAUGUUUAAUGAAAUCGUUAACUAUCGAAAGCAAGAUGUUUAUAACGAUGGACCUUUAGCAACCACAAGUACUUCGACUGCCGUUGCAUUUAUUAAAACCAAAUAUGCUCCUGUUAAUGCACCAGAUAUUCAAUUUCAAUUUGAUGGCAGAAAUAUAGGAGAGUACCUUGCAGAUACUCAAACAUAUAUUCAGACUAGUAUAUUUCCUUUGUCUUUUUCCAAUGGUGUUGGAGUAAGGCCGAUUUUACUUACUCCCAAAAGUAGAGGAUAUAUACUGUUAAACCAGACCGAUUCAGUAUUUGGGCAACCUUUGAUAUAUUCGGGUUUUUUUACACAUAAAGAGGAUUUAGAUGUAUUAGUUGAAGGAGUCAGAUAUAUUGUAACUUUAGAACAAACUGAUGCAUUUAAGCGUAAUGGCGCUACUAUAGUUAAAACUCUGCUCAAGGGUUGCGACGAAUACGUUUGGGGAUCAUAUAACUACUUUGCAUGUUUAUUUACGCAAUAUACGUCCACACUUUUUCAUCCUGCUGGAACUUGUAAAAUGGGACCGUCUUGGGAUAAUAAUGCUGUAGUUGAUUCAAGAUUGCGAGUAUAUGGAAUAAAACAUUUACGGGUUAUCGAUGCGUCUAUUAUGCCUACAGUAGUAAGAGGAAAUACAAACGCACCUACAAUAAUGAUUGGAGAAAGGGGAUCGGAUAUGAUCAAAGAGGAUUGGAUGAUGGACGCUUAA